GCGGGCGCAGGGCGCCGAGUUUCCAGCACAGCCGGAGCGGCCCUGGGGGAGGGGGCCCCUGGCUCCCCCCGGGUCCUGCAGCGGGAGGCCCCGUUCCAUUGGGGUCCGCUGGCGCCGCCGGGGUGGUCGGCCCGGGCCAUGGCAGUGCGCGGGGGGGGCAGACACCGACCCGGCCUCUCGUCUGCUGCGGGGGCGGCCUGUUCUUCUAAAGGGAUUUUUAGAGCUUUCAGCAAAAAUGAACCAGUAGCAAAUACACUCAGUCUUGGACAAGUCUAGAGAUAACUGCUUGGAUACAACACUCUCCUAAAUAUGAAGUUUUUUAAUAUGCUUCUCAGAAGCAUUGUGAGACAUUCUGUUUUUCCUUUUGCUAUGCAGAAUGGGACAAAAAAAGAUUUGUUUUUAACAACUCCCCAGAGGUCAUUUCCAUGCAGAACACUGAUUUUGUCUCCUGCCCUGAAGAAGCAGAUUUCAUCCAGCCCCACUGAGAAGCUAGAUUUGGAUGGGUGGAAAAAUGUCAUGAGAUCUGGAAUGCAAGAGGAAGUCGGUGAGGUAUCCAAGAGUGAGGGGAAUUCCACUUUAGCUGCCACAAGGGAACUUGUGGAGAUGUGGAGGCUAGCUGGCAAAACUGUUCCAGAAAAUAUCAGUGAAGAAGAGUUAAAGACCCUUAUGGAAUGUUCCACUAAGUCAUCCAAAAAGAAGUAUUUAAAAUACUUAGCUGUCAAAGAAAAAGUGAAGAAAGCUAGUAAAGUAAAACAGGAAAAGCAAAAGGAAGCAAAGAGGGAAAGGCUGGAAAAGGCUAAAGAAAAUGAUACUGGUGAGCUGAAGAAUACUUUCUUCUUGCAAUUUUGGUCCAAGUCUAUGGAUAAGAUGUAUAACUGGAGGACUGCUCAGGCUAUGAUCUUUGGCCAGCCUCUAGUAUUUGACAUGGCUUACGAAAAUUACAUGUCACGUAGAGAAAUGGAGAAUACAGUGAAUCAGCUAAUGGAGACUGAAGGGUGCAAUCGAAGAGCUAUGGAUCCUUUUCACUUACAUUUCUGUAAUAUCAAAGUAGAUGGCCCAUAUCAUAAAGAAUUUGCCAAGCGCUAUGGAGAGGCAUGGGACAAUUUACUUGUGACUGUGACAGAACAGUCUCACACAGAUGUCUUUCCAAGAGACAAGCUCAUCUACUUAACUGCUGAUUCGCCCAAUGUAAUGAAGACGUUUGAGCAUGAUAAAAUUUAUAUAUCAAUGGUUGACAGGAAUAUACAGACUGGAAUCUCUCUUGCACAUGCAAAACGCUUGAAAUUAACAACUGAACGUCUUCCACUGGAGAGGUACUUGAAGUGGGAAAGUGGUGCCAAAAAUCUCACAUUGGACCAAAUGAUUCGUAUUUUAUUAACUUUAAAAGAUACUGGAGAUUGGAUGGAGGCGCUGAAAUUUGUUCCAAAAAGAAAAUACGAAGCUUUUGUAGAUACAUCCUUCUAUUCAAAGCGCAAAACUGAUACAGGGAGAAGAACAAAGGAGUCUGAAUUUAGCAAUAGUCAGGAAAAAGUAAAGAAGCCCUUUGCAGAGAAUUCCUUCAGGAAGCAAACACAGAAAAAAUGGUGGAUAGCUGAAGAAUCUUAAGGGCAAACUAUACUGUUAAUAGGCUUAAAUUUCCAUUGACUUCUGUGGGAAUUUGAUGAAAAAACUGAAGGGUAAAAGAGUAACUAGUACUGCUGUCUGAUAUGGGUUUUUUAUAACCUUUGUAUUGCAGUUAUUUAAACAGAAGCUUAACAGGAUUGUUCCCUCUCCCUCCCUCCCCCCCCCCCCCCCCAAAAAAAAUCCAUGAGGAAAAGCUGUGGUGAUCAAAUCUACAAAUUGCACCAUAAGAAAGAAUGUAAUUAAAUUGAAUAAAACUGUGGUGCAUAUAACUUCA